AUGUCCCACUCGAAGCGCAACACGUCUUUGGCCUUCUUCACCUCUCACGAACGCUCUCUCCUGCGCUCAAGCUGGGGGACUCAAACAACCCGACUUACACGCGACUCGUUUCUGCCCUUUGGAUACUGCCGCCUGUGUCUGGGCUAUGCCAAGGUCCCCGUGGCUUGCUGUGGGGGAAACAACAGCAAUCUAAAAGUCCAUCUCUUUUGCAGGGAAUGUGCGCUGAACGAUCUCAUGGCGCAGAGAAAGGAGAUUAAACGGCUAGAGAAGGAAGCCGAAAUGAGGGAGAGGGAGGAGCGCGAGGAGAGAGCGAGAGAGGAAGAAGAGAAGAGAAAAAGGGAGUUGGAGGUUUUUGAGAGGACCGCAAUGGGUUUUGCGGACGAUGGGAUUGAGAUGAUAGGAAGGAAGAGGAAGAGGGAAGCCGAGGAGUUGCAUGCCCGUCUGUCAGAAACACAGAGUAAUGGUGAGCAAGGCGGCGAAAGGAACAAGAAGCCAAAAUCCUCCGAAGCGAGUUUCUGGAUCCCAGGCUCCGACAGCCUCUCCGGAUCCACAGCUACAACGUCAACAUCUAAACUGCCAAAGCUCCAUCCACUGUGUCCCGCAUCGACACCGGAGGAUAAACACAACUACUCGCUGAAAUCGCUCAUCGCGGUCAAUUUUGCAGAGAUCGAGCCAGAAAAGGGCGCGGGUGCGGAUGAGCCAACGAGGAUCUGUCCAAGUUGUAAGAAGGCCCUGACUAACACCUCGAAACCGAUGUUGGGAACGGCAGAAGGGUGCGGGCACGUCGUCUGCGGCGCCUGCACUGACUUGUUUCUGGUGGGCACCGCAUCCAAGAGUGUGUCGUCGAAGGCAGGUAAAGGAACCAAUGCCAGCAUUCUCUGCUAUGUCUGCGAAGCAGAUCUGAGCGGCCCGGCACCCGAAGCCGCUGGAGACAACGACGACAAGGAGAACAGGGACAAGAAGCGGAAACAGAAGCAGGCCAAGGACAAUAGUCGCAAGGUCGGCAGGUUGGUCGAAAUUAGUUGCGAAGGUACAGGCUUCGCUGGCGGAGGGUCGAAUGUGGCGAAGCGGGAAGGUGUAGCAUUUCAGUGCUGA